GAAAAAGAAACAGGUUCCGCCGGAGUUCAUCUUCAACUUGAAACUGCACCCUUGGGUGGAGUCUUGCUCCGGAUCAGGAAUGUAGUUUACCGCGGUCAGAGUUGGUACGACAGGCAAAAGACGGGAUUAUAAGGGGGGGAAAUGAACGAAAAGACUGCUAAAAUAUCUGAAUAGUCGAAGCCAUCUGAAAGCGCACACCUGACGGUCAAGUCCACCCCCCUCCCCCUUCUCCAAUCUCCCUUCCUCCCCUCCAGCUUGAUCCAGCAAUGGCCCACCGUUCUCAAAGCUCCUCGUUUGGGGAUAACCCCCUGGACCCCAACUAUUUGCCCCCGCACUAUCGAGAGGAAUACCGAAUGGCCAUCGAUGCACUAGUGGAAGAUGGCAUGGACAGUUAUUCUGGGCUUCUUCAGAAAGUGGGCGUGGUUGAAUUCCUGUCCCAACCAGAGAUUGAACAUAUCAAAUCUACCGUGCAUACUCCAAACUGCAGCUCUCAGCCAGAGCUACCCUACCAGGAGACAGAUGCCGAUGGGUCAUCUGACACAUAUUGGCCUCUCCACUCUGACCACUCAGCACCAGGCCUGGACCUUGGUUGGCCUAGCCUCCCUCACAGCUUCAUUGGCCCCACUGAGGUCACGACACUGGUUAACCCCUCAGAUCCAGAAACGCCAAGCAUCAAGGAGCAUGCCCGUCGGCUCAUCAAGAACGCUCAGCAUGUCAUUGCCUUGGUGAUGGACAUGUUCACAGACGUUGACAUCUUCUCAGACCUCCUGAAUGCAACUGCACGGCAUGUUCCUGUCUACAUCCUGCUGGACGAACAUAAUGCCCACCAUUUUGUUACCAUGGUCACUAACUGCAAAGUGAACCUUGAUAUGGUCAAUUUAAUGCGUGUCCGGACUGUCGCAGGCACCACCUAUUUUUGCCGCACGGGGAAGUCGUUCAAGGGUCAAGUGAUGGACCGCUUCCUGUUGACAGACUGCAGAGCUGUGCUCAGUGGGAACUACAGUUUUAUGUGGUCUUUUGAGAAGAUCCACCGCUGUAUCGCACACUUGUUCCUUGGGGAGCUAGUCACCACAUUUGAUGAGGAAUUCCGAAUCCUGUUUGCCCAAUCUGAACCACUGGUUAUGGAGAAUGCCUUGGUUCAGCUGGGCUCCAGGGAUAAUAACUUCAACAGUGGCCAAUUUGGCAUGAAGAGGAGCCAGUCCUUCAGGCACAAUCAUGGGUCCCUUCGCGAUUUGUCAGGAUACUCCUUUGGAGAUUGGAUAGACACAGAUCGAAACAUGCACUCAUUCAGAAGAGAUGACUCCUUCCGCCAUAACUUAGAGCCCAGCCAUAUGCAGUCUGCCAAUAACAACAAAUUCUUAUCCCAGCAAUUUAGAACGGAGAGACCUUACAUUGACCAGUCUAGGUCCAUGAUGGCUUCCAGGCAGAUUCAGGACAAUGCAUACAAAAGACAUAGCUAUGCAGAGGGGACACUCGAGAGCUACUCCUCUGCACGACAGUACAUGAAGCACCGUGUCAUGAACAACUUGGAUGAGAUGGACAGUCACAACAGCUAUCUCCAGAAGGAGCAACAGCUCUACCAGGGAGGAGGGUCAGGGCAUGGUCUCUACAAGAGUCACGGUCACCACCAAACAGAUGAGUACUCUGACUCAGGGGGGGACCCACCAGGCAUGUACAAACAUGCAGUGGAUUAUUUAUCUUCAGGUUCCUCCAAAGAGAUCACACAGUCUGGGACUGGACACACCCCAGGAGAAACAGGCCGGUAUAGUCAGACAAAUUCAAAACGACCAAGUGCUGGCCAGCCGUACGCCUGCCAGAGUUCCCCCACACAACUGCAUCCCCCAGAAAACAAACGGCUUUGUGGUACAGAUGACUCAGAACGGCAGCAGCAGGACCCCAGUGUUAAGGAGGGUCUGCGAAGCUGGAGGAUCAACUCUUUCCUAAGUAACAUUGAGGAUUCAGGAGAGGAGGGCUUAUUACAGCCAUUGGGGCCUGAUGCUUUUGAUGAGCCCCCACAGCCCCCAGAAGGGAAGUUAUAUGGUCCAGAAGCCUCAGUGCCUAGGUUCAGCACCAGAGAUCAUCCAAAGGUUCCAACCAAGCCAGAGCUACUUCCACGCUUUGGCAAGCCCAUCCUACCCAGAGCACCAAAAGAACCAUCUCGGGAUCUAGGCCCUUCUGGGUCAUCAUCUGCAACAGAAGGAGAAAAAGUUGAGGAUGCAGAGAUCAGCGAUCCCAGAGAAAUCACCCUCAGCAAACAUGAGUCUUUCCGCAGCAGGGUGAAUCCCAUGUUGCUAAGAAGCUCAAGGCUGAGGUCCUCCUUGAUCUUCAGUUCUUCCAAGCUAGAGGAGCACAGCUCUGUACUAAUGAAAUCAGGGUCUGGUCUCAAUGAUGAAGAAGACAAUGAUCGCACAAAAUCAUCCUCCAUCGUUGCCCAGAUUUUGGAGAAGAGGAGAUCCUUGUCAAGAGAGCCAUAUGAUUGGCGCAAGCAAAAAAGGUUGGAUACAAAAGACAAUUCCCAUGCCGAGGUGCCUGAAUCAGAGGAACCCGAUAAAGUUACAGAAAGUAGUGAAGUGAAACCAGAUGAACAUGCACUAGAGGGAAAACCCAAACUUACAGAACCAGUGGACCCUCCCAAACCUGCAACAAGCACUACAACCACCUCUAAGAAGAUGAGUGACCCAGAAAGCAGGCUCUCACAUUUUAAUGAACAGAUGGCAAAACAGAAGGCUUCGCGAAUGGCAGCUGAGUCUUCAUUGAGAAUUCAAGAGCCUACGACUAAAAAGCCUGACCUUUCAGACACUCAACCUGAUAAAACCCUUGAAAAACCAACUAUUUCCAUCACACCAGCAGAACGUAGCCAGAAAGAGCCAGAGGUACCACCUGCUGUGCCGGUGGCCAGAACACCAUUAAUCACAGUAAAACCAUGUGAACCAGAACCCAUAGAAAAGAUUCCAGCAGAAAAUGACACCAAACCUGUUGCUGAUGUAGCGAAAAAAGAGGUAACACAGCCAAAGUCACUAAAGCCGUUUCCCUCGCCAAAGUUAUUCAAAAAGGAAAUGUUGAAACCUUUCAAGGGCACUCAUUCCCGUCAUGUCUCCUGCGGAGAAGAGGUUCUCACAGAUGCCACAGAUGCUGAGAAGAGUGAGCUGAAGAAGUCUCGCAGUCACAGCUCAUCUGGCAUGGCCCGCCUUGAGACUGGGGAAAAGCCGCUUAAGAAACAUGGUUCCAGUACCUCUCUGAACUUAGUGGAUGGCAGUGGGGAAGGCAAGGCUUUGGAGUUUCUUAAAAAGCAAACUCAAAGACUCAAGGGACUCAAGGGACUCCUUGGAACAAAGGGAGAUAAGAAAGCAGCAGGGGCAGCAGCGACUGAUGAGAAGACAAUGAGGACGGUCCCAGAGGUGUCAGAGGAGCCUGCCCCUAAGGCUCAAGGGGGACCCCAAAGCUCUACUCGCUAUCAAUCAUCCACCUCUAAUGUGAUUUACAGCAGCAACCUCCGGGAUGACACUAAGGUCAUUCUGGAACAGAUAUCUGCAAAUAGCCAGAAAAACAGACUAGAAAUGGCCAAGCAGGCAGAGGAGUCUAAACAGGGGAGUGACACAGACAAGAAGGUGACAAGCAAGGAGACAGAGCCGUCCAUUACGUACCACAGCCGGAACUGGUUCCAGCGUGCUCCCAGUAGCAACCCACAGGAGCGGGACAGCUUGCUGAAAAGGAUUGAAAGUUUGCGCAAGGAAAAGAAAGUCUACAGCCGCUUUGAGGUAUUCGACAGGGGAAAGGAGGACAAUUCCAAAAGUUCAGACAUUGGGGAGGAAGUUACAGAGAGGAAACCAAGCCCUAAACUAGGCCUCUUCAAAAUCAGAAGAUAGAGUGAUAGAUAGUUGGCUGAAGUAUAUAAAAUUAAGAAAGAAACUUGAUUAAGACAGGAUUUAAUGCAUGCAUGUAAAUGUUAAAUUGUAUCUAGAGGAAAUAGUUAUUUUGCUGCAUUUAAGGUUUUAGUCCCUACUUUGCAAAAUGUUUUGAAAUUGGUUAAAAUGAUGGUACAAUGUGUUACAUACUGGGUAAUAAAUACAUAUAUGGGCUUAUAAUCAUAUGCAUGUGUUGUAGCAUGUCAAAAUCCAUCUAAUUAUACAUGGAAAUCAAUCAUAUACUUAUGGAUAACUUGAUUCAACAGUUCCUUGCUUAAACAUUGUAUUACCACCUUAAUGUGAAGUAAAGAAUUGUAAUCUGCAUGAUCUCCAAAGUGUAGACCUGCUUGAUCCUUUGCCUGUUGCUCUGUUGUGUUAACAGAUGGGGAAUAGCCUUGGAUAAUGAAGAGUGCGGAAGGCUCUCCACGCUUCUGAAAAGGAAAUCUUUUUAUGGCUCCACCUGCACUGAUGUGUUAAUAGCAAGAAUAUCUGUCACUUUCAUCUUUCAAAAUAGUCAGCGCUCUUAAUCACCUCACCAGGAAGCUAGAAUUUAUGCAUUUGUGUGAGGACUGCCAAUGUGGAUCUGUUCCACACACCUCUUGUGGUGUUCAGAAAUGCUGUUUGGUGAAAGGAAUAUGAACAAGGCCUCAUCCCCGCAGUAUGACAUAUACUGUAUACAUUUGAAAGCUGCUGCAUAGGAGGAAUUUUUCCUUCCAAGAAGCUUUCAUGUUUUUUAAUUUUUUUUUGCAUUUUAUGGAUUACAAUUUAACCAUCUCUCUACCACAGUUCAUUUUCAACAGGCCAGCACACCUAGUGCCUCUAUCGCAGGUCUGUUGUUAAUAUCAGCAGAGAAACCAACGAUGCAAUGAACCAUGAAAUGUGAGGGUGUGCGUGCGUGCACAACAGAUGAAUGACACUGACAGACAUCAUGGCCUAUUAUUGAGCUACACUUACCAAAAUCAACUGAACAAGCGCCAACCAGCAGACAGGCCUGCUUAAUGGAAAGACAUGGGCAUUCGCACACCUUCGCAUUCUAAAAUAGUGCCACUGGGCUGCUGCAGCCCAUCAGCAUGAACCCAAGGACAAAUAUUCCCACCAAGAGCUAGCCAGCAGGGGUGUAGCACAAAACUCUGGGCCCUGUACAUAUGCAGUCUUUGUGCCCCCCUUAAAUUGUAGACCAAAGCAAACAUUUCCCAUCCCCCAGCCUUGGGGUCCUGGGUAGUCUCUUUGACUAUUCCCCCAACUGUGACACCCCUGCCUGUUUCCCCUAUGGAGUUAAACUGAAGUGAUCUUGGGAGGUACAGAGAGAGUUUGAGAGAAGAUUUAUGGAGGCAAAUAAAAAGAUGAAGACUGGAUAAUAAAAUCGAGAAAUAAUGGACGAGAGACAAAGCAGAUUGAGAAAACGAAUGAGAAAACGAAUGAGAAAAAGGAGGCAAAAGGUAAUAAUACUAAGAAAGGACAUGAAAGUGAAUGGCAAACAGAACUUUAUUGCAUUAAGCUGAGCACUGUUUGAAAGGUCUUCAUUAGGCUUGGUUAAACUGAAAACACAAGCUUAGGCUGAAAUGGUUAACGCACGUACAGUAUGUGAUGAGAAGUACAUACUUGAUUUGAAAUGACUCAGGGAACAUGAGCAAGAAUGCUGCCACACAAUCUUUGAACCUGUUUUUUGCUAAAUGGCAUGCAACAGUAAUUAUUUACAUUUACAUUUGAACUGCUGAUCAUUCUCUUUUUAAGUAUGCUUAAAAAGUGAAAAUAAAAACAAAAUGUCCAUGUCUACACACAAAUUAACAUUUGUAAGGCAACUCAUCCCAGAAACUGGACUUGUGAUGAGUAAGAAAUGUGUGAGGAUUUAAAUAUCAGCUUUUAGUACAUUGGCAGGGAGUCACAAAGACUAUAAUAGCUUCUAUAACAAAGUGCCUUUAAUAUGUGUUAUAUUUUGUGUGCAUACUCGUGGAAAUAACUGGAUUAUGGGAAUUCUGCUCUUUGGGAAGGGCCUUCUUUCUUUCACAGGUUUUUUGAGGGUUUAUUAUAUUUUUACUGUACUGUAUUUCUUUUUUUUAUGUUAACUCAUCCUGUGCCUCAGACAGCACCGCAGCUAUUGGCACAUGACCAUUAAGAAACCAUUCAGUGAUUUAAAUGCAUGUUCACAGUAAAUUGGCUAUUCAUUGUUUUUAACAAUGGAAGAAGAAAUUUAUAGCAGCGAGAAUGUUUCUGUUCAAACUGACUGCAUUUCAGAUGUGACAUCAGUCUAGUCUGAGGCAGUCACACUAGUGUCCUUUUCCAUGGUAUGUGCGCAUAUGGCACCUCAAAACUACACACGUACUGUACCCUUGCCAUACAUGCCCCCCCGACCAAAGGCCCCCAAUUAAAACAUCAAAACAAGACUUAAGUUGUUGGUUUAUAAUGUUCUGCAAGUAAACCUGGCUUAGGUUGUCUGCCAAAAUUUCCGAACUGUAAUUACUGCAAUAUAUAUGUUGCAAAAUAGUACUCUUUUGUAUGACACAAUGAUCAAUCAGAGAUCAUCUCCAAUAAAUUAAUCCAUGUCUGUUUUGUAAUCACUUCAUUUAGGUUCUCCAUUAGCAUACAACACUGCCUGGAAAAGGGAAACAUUAGUUCCUUUGACACAUUCCACCGAUUCUAUAGACGGUGAGGAAGAAACAACAAUCUGUUUGGCCAAUUCAUUAUCUGCGGGUGGCUCUGUGGUUGAUGCGGAUAUGAAAAAUGAUAACAUUAGUUCACAAAUCGCCAAAUUAUGAACUAUAUUAAAAGUGUCAAAUCUAAGAUCAGUCGCCACUGAAGCCACUUGUCAGAGCAUGAUCAGUGUGGCCACAAAGAACAACUUAUGUCUCAACAUGUGUAAUAAAUUGUUUUUGCAAGAGCAAA